UUUCCCAUCCCCCCCCCCCUCCUUGCCACUAAAGAAGUUAACCUAGGUUAGUUCCGAUGGAUCAAUAUAAACAGUCAAUCAACAGGUAGUUUGGAUUAUGAAGAUCAGAAUUUGAAGUUUUUACUCAGAGGAUGUAUGACGGAGAACAUGAACGUAUCAUUCAUCAUGAUGGCUUUUCGUGGCAUCAUCAGGAAACUUGGAUUGCGGCGGCUUCUUUUUCUAUUAUUUGCUUCCUUUUUUCUUAUGCUGGUUCUGCACAGUUCUAUGAAACCAAAUGUUAGAGAUAUGUUAGAGCUUAACAAGUGUCCCGCAUGUUAUGGAGUCUCUCUUUGUAACGAUAUACUGCAAGGGCCUGAUGAGAUUUCUAUCAAAUUUGAUUUUUGGGGGCGUCUGGGACUACUUGCAAACACUUUUGCUACGAAGAAUGUUUAUUCUGGCUGGUUUAACCAUCAAAGAGUGAUAAUUAAACGUCUUGGCCAUGAUUUUGAAUUACAAAAUAUGGACAGUUCUAUUUGUCAAGCCAUGAAAAUUGAUAACAGUUGUAAUGAUCAAAUGAAGUCAGUUGUGUUUAAAGUUAUAAGUAUGCGCAACUCUGUGGAGAGACUUUUAAAUGAGUCAGCGAAUUUAAACGAUUAUCGUCUCAGACUGUGCCCAUCAACAGAACAUGUUGACACCCUAUUCAGCCCUAUACUGCCAAAAACUAAUGGUACAAAUUCAGUCAAACUUGGUAAUGAUCCAAUUACAGCCAAUAUUUGGACUUUGCUUCUAAUCAACCCAGAGCCUCUUCUACUGCAAAUCAUGAGAGCGGAAGAUGGCUGGCCUGUGCCUCACUACUUGGGUGCUUGUGGGCGUAUUGCUGUUGCCUUAAAUGCAGGUGAACCAUUGAUUGAUUACCACAGGAAAUCGUGGCCGGAAAGAGCUGGAUUAGCCCUUCAGCUCCUUUUAGCAGCAGACCGCUUCACAUACUCUCAUCCUAGAUUUGCAUUCUAUUUAUUGGAUGCAUCUGCAGAUAAUGUAGUUGUGAAUGAUCAGGGAAAACUUUCCUUCAUAGAUCUGGAACAUUUUGUGGUUGUUGAUCGUCAUCCAUCAAGUGUUCCUGAUAUGUGGAAUGAGACUCAUUUCAGUGAGUUAUACAUGGACUGUCCUGGUUGCAACACAUUCUCUCCAUAUAAUAUAUGCAAUCACCACAUUAGUGAUCACAACCAUUUUAUGAUCUGCCAGCAACUUCUUGCUCCAGGUGUGGGUAGCAAUGAUAACUACUUACCAGGUGGUCUGUUGCAUUCGUUUCCACCUGAAAUACAAAAGGAAUAUCCACAAAUGGAGCAUUUUUUGAAUGAAUGUUCAACAGGAGCGUCAACUGAUCACAUUAAAAGUGCCCGACGCCUAAGAGAUAUUUUAAAUAUUGCUUCCAAAGAAAGUCCUCUGUUUGGAGAUAGUACUUUGGUAAACACAUGGAAAUAUUUCUAAAUUAUUUUUAUAUUUAGGUUUAAGGUAUGCAAAGCACCAUUUAAUGCAUUGUUUUCCAGUUUGUGAUAAUAAUUUAUCAAGUACUGUGUAUUUUAACUGUUACCAUUAAGUUUUAGUGAUCUCAUUUUAAUUGGAAAUAUUACUGUAACUAGUGUCAAGAUAUUUAUGCUCUCUCACUCUCAUUGUUCUCUCGACAUUAAGUGUACUGUCAAUUCAUCUUUAUUCUCUUAUUGUUUGUAGUAGCUCCUUGAAAAUUACCAAGGAGGGGCAUUUUACCCUAUAUUUUUCUUCCCCAACUUACCCCCUAAGGUUGCCCAGUGGGCCCAGACUGACAAGUCUUUGACAACCAGGCUGCCAAAUAAAUAAAACGUAAGAGGAAAA